AUGCUUCAAGGCCAAAUAUUUUCUCAACAACAGACAUCAUACAGCUGGGCUCUAGGAUUGUCUUAUUUAAAUCUUUCUCACAACUCUUUAACUCAUAUCCCCCAACUUCCUUCCCAGUCCCUUGCGUUUCUUGAUCUUAGUUCAAAUAACUUCAGUGGGGGAUUACUUAUGCCACCCAAUGAAAUAAGUGUUUACCUUGCUUCAUAUAAUAAAUUUACUGGUGAAAUCUCGAGAUCUAUGUGCAAUUUGUCUUCACUUGUGUUACUGGAUCUGUCUAACAACUACUUGGGAGGUGAUGUUCCUCAAUGUUUGGCGAAUUUGAGCACAUUCUUUUCGAUACUAGAUUUGCACUCCAACAGUUUCCUAGGGAUACUUCCAUCCAGCUUUCCAAUCGGUUGUAGAUUGACAAGUCUAAAUCUACGUGACAAUCAGUUAGAAGGAAGAAUCCCGAGAUCCUUGUCCAAUUGCUCAAUGUUACAAGUCCUAGAUCUUGGAAAUAACUUCUUAGAUGGUAUGUUUCCUUGGUGGUUAGGAACCCUACAAAACUUGCAGGUUCUAAGCUUGAGAGCGAACCAUUUGUAUGGAUCUCUUGGUAUUCCUAACUCUGGAUCAUUUUUUCCCGCAUUGAGAAUCCUUGAUCUUUCAGGAAAUAAAUUUUCCGGUGUCUUGUCACCAAAUCUUUUCGCUCAACUGAAUAGUAUGAAGAUAAUAAAUCAUAUCAUAACGCGGAUGCUCGAUAACGGAACUUUUUUAUACUACCAAAGUUCAUCCGUGUUGGUUGUGACAAAAGGAAUGGAGAUUGAUGUUUAUCAUGUACUUUCCAUCUUUACCACCAUAGAUUUGUCCAACAACAAAUUUCAUGGGUUCAUUCCAGAUGUCAUCGGAAAUCUCAUAGCUCUUCAGGGUUUGAAUCUUUCCCACAAUGGUUUGGAGGUCCGAUUCCACUAA